CGGCACUGCACAUUGCACUGCACACUACUCUCCCUUGCCAGCCUGGCCUCACUGGAAUUCCUUUUUUUUUAGGCGACGUGUUGGCAGCGCAAUGCACCCAGCCUUCGGCUUCCGAGAGUCGUGGUUCUGAUUUCUGACCUCUGCCUCUCAUUUCUUCCUUCUCUUUCUUUGUUAUCCGCCGCUGCCCUCAGACGCAACGGGAUUCAGCAUGUCUAACUCGACAGCCAGUUACAAGCAGCUCAAGGAGGACUUCGUGUCCAACCUGACGGGGGGCACCGUCGGCGAGAUCGCGGCGGUUACGGCUGUCUUACCCGUUGGCGCUCUGGUGUGGUCCGCCCUGCAGAGCCGCCAGUCCUUGUUCAGGCCGUACACGGCACUCGGGUUCGUCGUCGACUACUUCCUCAACGUCGGGGCCAUCCUGCUCGCAAUCACGCUCUACUCCGACACCCCGAUCCUCCUCACCGUCCUGCUGCUCGCGCCCGCGCUGCUGGCCUACGCGUUCCCACAAGCCCACCACCGCCGCCAGAGGAAGCCUAAGAUCCCGCCUAUUGCUGCCGCGCAGACCAAUGCCAACGCCAACGCCAGGACAAAGGGCGGCCCCGCGGGGGGCCUGCCAGGCGACGUCACCCUCCCGACAAAGCCCUUCUUGACCGUAUUCCGGGGGUCCAUGCUCGUCAUCACCUGCCUGGCCAUCCUCGCGGUCGACUUUCGGAUUUUCCCGCGGCGCUUCGGCAAGGUCGAGACGUGGGGCACGUCGCUGAUGGACAUUGGCGUGGGCGCCUUUGUCUUCUCGGCCGGGGUCGUGGGCGCCAGGCCCGUAUUGAAAGAGCGCGCCGCACUAGAAGGCCGCGGAACCUCUCUGUUCCGGCGGCUCGUCCACUCGAUGCGCCACUCCCUUCCCCUCCUCGUGCUCGGCGUCAUCCGCCUGCUCAGCGUCAAGGGCCUCGACUACGCGGAGCAUGUCACCGAGUACGGCGUGCACUGGAACUUCUUCUUCACGCUGGGCUUCCUGCCCCCCUUUGUGGCCGUCUUCCAGUCCGCCCUCAAAUAUGUCCCGUCCUACGCCGCGCUCGCGCUCAUCCUCGCGGUCGGCUACCAGGUCUUGCUGGAGACCACGGGGCUGAAGGCCUACAUCCUCAUCGCGCCCCGUGUCGACCUGCUGUCCAUGAACCGGGAGGGCAUCUUCAGUUUCUUUGGGUACCUGGCCAUCUUCCUGGCCGGCCAGGACACUGGGAUGUACGUGCUGCCGCGCAACGUCACCCGGAGUGGGUCCAGCGCGGCGUCGCAGAGGAUCACCUUGCUCAUGACAAUGGGUGCCUGGAGUCUUGUCUGGGUGCUGCUUUUUUUCCUGUCCACGAAUUACAGUUACGGCGCGGGGCUGCAGGUGUCUCGUAGGCUGGCCAACCUCCCCUACGUCCUGGGCGUGGUCUCGUUCAACACGGUACAGCUCAUGGCCUGUUGUCUCGUCGAGACGAUCUUCUUCCCGUCGUUUUACAAUGCGGCCGACUCCAAGGCGGAGAAGGACGCGUAUGAGAUCGCCACUCCCAGGGUGCUGCGCGCAUACAACCGCAACGGCCUUGCCGUGUUCCUCCUCGCCAACCUGCUGACAGGGCUUGUCAACAUGACAGUCCCUACUCUGGAUGUCGGGCCGGUCGCGAGUGUGGGUAUAUUGGUUGCGUAUAGCGCGGUCCUGACCGGCGCGGCUGUGGCACUGGACGCGUACAACAUUUCGAUCAAGCUAUGAGGGGCAGUCUCGUGCGAUCGGUCGUAAGUUCGCAUGCAUCCACAGCCACAGCGGGGUCCUGGAAUCCACCGAGUAUCGUUGUGAUCCCUUCCUUCCUUCCUUCCAGCACCUUCUAAGCCGAACGUGAGGCUCCGCUGCUCCGGCCAUGCUGGACCGUGCUGGUGAGAAAACUCCAAGUCGGAGGACCCUGCCUCGGCAGAUAGUCGGGAGGAAGCUUCUGGUCAGGAGAUUACGCGGCUGAUGGGCUUGCUGGUGGAAUAUCAUUAAGCGCAUAAACGGGUAGACAAUGGUGCCCGUUAGUGCCCCUGGGAGCCCCGUCCGGCCGGAGUGACCGGGAGAUCUCAACUGUCGGCCAAGUCCGGGUGGGCCUGGGUUUCGCUCUUGCUGCGACGGGACGGGGACGUCCCAGCGAUCCGGGCAUUUUCGCCGUGGUGGCUGUGCCGUGUUGCCAUCGCGCAGGAUCGACGCUUUUACUACGAUCUUAAAGUCGGUGAGAUGCAUGAGUAAAAGGCCGCCGGGGAGCACACCUGCGGCCGGCCCGGGCUCCAGGUGGUGUCUGUUCUCGACGCAUAUAUGCGCGAGCUUGUGAGACAAGGGAAACACGAGUCACAAUAUGCGUAAAUCCUGCUUGCGAUGAACGGGCGGCCCGCGUCCAUGGUGAUACCCGGGAGGGUGUGAACUAUACCGACGUGACGGUAGUACCCAUCACGAAAGCCUAAUCUCGCCCGUGGAAUGGGAUUCAGUCUUGCCUGGACAUAUCCAUAGCCUUCAAUAUGUGAAUUUGAAGACGCGAUGUCCCUGUGAUAUGAUAUCCCCUCGUGAGUCAGACUCAGAGACUUGCCCGCCUGGUAAGGCAGAAUCUCCAGGAUGGUCUUCGUAAUGAGCGGUCAGGAUCCGCUUCGCGCCAAAGAAGAGAGGCUACCGUGGGAGGGGAAGAAGAAGAAGGAAAAAAGAAGAAGAUAGCGUCAUGAACCAGGUUGGCCAAGAGGUUGGUCGGGCAUCCACCCGGCCGGCACAUCAAUCCUGUGCUGGAAACAAGACAGCGGCUUGGGAGAGCAGGCGGGAGCAAAGAUGGGGUGUGACGACGGACAUCAAGCUUACCCCUGCCACCCAACGCCACGUCCAUUUCCCGGGCUCAAUGCACGACGUCCCUCCCGCGGCGAGGCGGAAGAGGUCAGGCAGGCAGGCAGGUAGAGGAAUGAGGCUAGAGAUGGUGCUAGUAAAGUUGAAGGUUUAUUUAUGCCUAGCGAAGGGCGGACGCUGCACUUGCACAGGGAAGAGUGUGCCCCGUAGAGAGGGAGAAAGACAUGAUGGGGCAUGAUGUUCUGCCCUCUUCUGGCGCGGCCGUCGGGCGCCAACUGUGGGGCCCCGAGAUGUCUGACUGGCUUGCUUGGUGACUGGCCAUGCGGCGGACGAAGCAUUGUUGAGGCUUCUCGCCAUGGUCUUAACUUGCUCUGCGUCAUGCGCCUUGUGAGAAUGUGGCGGCUGGAGGUGGAGGGUUGAGUGAGGCGUUUGUGGGGGGCAGGGCCUCCGACUUCCCCCAAUGUCGUCCCAUAUGCUGCUUACUCCUGCUGUCCGUGUCGUCUCUGAUCUGACCCGUGUAGCAUAUGCGUGCCGCCUGGUGCCCACGGUGCCGGCUGUGUGGCCGAGGUGUGGCGCGUACAUGCGCCCGGCUGUGUGGCCGGGCCGCCGCCUCUUCAUGCACUGGGCAUGGCGCUUGUUUUAUGUGGGGAUCCUGGGAUUUUGGGCAGUCUUGGGCAUUGCAGAACAAGGUGACGAGAUAUGACGGGACUCGGGGAAGAGGCUGCUAGCGCGCAGGCAAGGAGAGUUUGGGGCUGGUGCGGAGGCCUGCGAAUGGUGGGGAAGGGAGAGAAACAGAAACUAGACAAAGUUUAUGCGCUGGACGAAACGCCUCAGGCACUCGGUAAAGCACAGGACCUUGUGUUGGAGGAGGAAGACAAUCAUGUCUGGCUGCAAAAGAGCUGUGGUUGAAACUGGCCUGGCAGCUGCCUGGUUGGU